UCUUUUAUAUAUUUAUUUGCAUUAGUAAUAAGUCUUAAGGUGAAAGUUUUGCAUACUUUUCAGGCUUUAACAGUUGCUAUAGGGUGCAGGUUAUUAUAAGAGCAUUUUAACACGCGAGGAAUAUUCGUUUGGAUGCAUUUCUUCUUUAAAACUCAAUUUGUUAAUAUUUAUUAUAUUUGAAUAUGAUUGAUUGUCGGUCAAUAGAGGUUGUCAUAAAUCAUUAUUGAGAAAACCCCGGUUGCACAAUAGUUUAAGUGAAAGAUAAUAUUUGAAGCAGUUGGUUUAAGUGUUUAAUAUCAUAUUUGACUUUGUAAGUGAAGCGUGGAUAUAGAUAGAGACCUGCUAUGUUGGUAGCAACUGCUGGUUAAAAGUCAAGUAUUUCUAAUUGAUGAUUCUAUAUGACGGAAUAUUUUUUAUAAAACUUGUUCCGGUAUUUAUACGAGCUUUCGUGUUUAAACAAAACAAAAAAUAGUACUUUUGGAUUAAUUUUUUAAAUUCUGUGUGUUUAUCAGAGUGAUUACUGGUCAGUCUAAGAUUUCCUCAGUGGUCAUGACACAACUUUCAAGGAAUGGUAAAACAGUAUGUCUGUUAUGGCAAUGAGAAUGCCUACUAAAGACAGACUUUUAGAUUUCCAUGGUAACCAUGUGCACGUGCAUGGACCGUCUAUCAAACACCACGUGCAACUCAAACCGGUUCCAGAAGCGCCGACGAAAAAGAGAAAGUUAAAGAGAUUACAGAAGGUUAAUGUAUCGGAGACAAAUUCACGGAUUUUAACUUUAUUGAAGGCUGCCGAGGAUGGGAGGAAACGAGCUUCAACCCUGCCACCCCUCGAGAGGGAACCAACCUUCCACAGGAAACCAAAACACUUUAACCCGUACGACGGGACGCAUGAAGACGCUGCCGAUAGUCAUUGGAAAAAGAACUACGAGAAAGUCAGUAUUGAAGUGGACAACAAGGUUAAGCAUCAUCUCAAGCGGCAGUUGAUGCACCGGUUUGAGAAACGCUUGAAGAAGAUGGAGGAGGCGAUGUCAGACGACCUUAGCGGGCGCCACGGCAAGGACUAUAAUCCUUGGGAGGGCAAACAUGGAAAACAGAAAAAGAACAGGGACAUAUUUAGCAAGUACACAGAGACAGGUGCUAAGGCAGGACCGGAAGUUGCAUCAUCAACUAAAGAAGACAAAGCCUUUCCGGAAAUACAAAUUAAGAAUGAAAGCGUUCCAGACGGGAAACAAAACUUACAGAACGCGAGAGUCCAGUUCCCAGAUAUAAAUCAAAAUGGCGACAUCAACGGUGUUCAUUCGGAUGGGGAAGCUUCCUUGGAUUCUAUUCACAAUGACUCUGAUCAUGAAGAACUGGAAAAACAUGAAAAUAACGAUGGAGUGUUUGAUUUAACUAGAUUAAAGACUAAAUAUGCAGAACAAAGUUUUAGACAUAUGGAUGUUAGUCCUGUCCAAACUCCCCACGUGCAGCGUCCAAUGACGCGAGAACAGACGAGACUCUCUUUUGGCGACAAAAUUAAAAGGAUACUUAACGGGGAAGUGCAUGUUAGUUGCCCAACAAUAAACAAAUCAAUACGGUUAUAUCUGUGUUCCGGGUUUUCAGAUUCUGAAGCUGAACGCACGAUUCUAGCAGAGAAAGUCUUUCCGGAACUUAGGACCCUUUGUCUUCUUCAUGGCAAAGAGCUCCAGACGAUUGAUCCACAUCGGGGUCUCGGAGACGCUCUUGUGGAUGACCACAGUAUUCCUGACAUGUGUUUGUCAAAUAUACAAAGAUGUACAGAGGAUCACCUGCAGAGCGUUAACAGUGUGGUAAUUCUUACCGACCGAUAUGGGGAUCCUAUACUUCCAUCAAGUUUGCAGAUUGAAGAAUUUGAAUACAUUCAUAAUGCUGUUACCUCGUACACAAACGCAAAUAAAGCAAAAAUACAUGAACAAAUAGCUAUGUUAGAGAAUCCCUCGUCUCUAAAAGAACGUCGAUUGUCUCAAGAACAUCCAAAAGAUGGCGCCAAAACUGAUAUUACAAAUGGCGACAUCCAGCCAAAAGGGGAAGCAACUGGUCAGGUGACUCAAGAGAAAGCGCCUGCAACACACAAGAAAGAGGAUGGUAAAAAGGAGCAGCAGUUAAUCAAAGCAUUAAAAGAUGAAGAAAGUCAGUUACCUGAUCCAUCCCUGCUGGAGACCUGGUAUCGACUGGAUGAGAAUUCUAUACCCGCAGUUUACAAACUUCAAAACAUAAGUUCCAUUUUGAAGGAUUUUGGUAAAGGGGAUGCAUCAAAACGGGAGUAUGCGAAACAGGCUUGGCUUGCUACACAGUCUAGGCUCCUAGAUAUGAUAAAUCGUUAUGGAACCACUAAAUAUAACAAAUCGCUCCUAGAGUAUGAGCUGAACCAUGUUUUACAAGAGCACGACACGAGUUUAGAGCAGUGCAUCGUGAUAACUCGAGAAAUCGACGACAUUGACGACAACCUGGAUGAUUUGCGAGCAGACGAAUAUGCGGAUGUGACGUCAGGAAAGCCGCGCAAAAGAAACUGGAAUGUCUACAAUAGGCUCCGAAAACUGAAACAAGAAACAUUGCCUCAAAAGGUAUUGGAUCAGUACAUCCUGCCGUUCCAGACCUCUUGGGCUUCGGGAGGUGUCCGUGUAGGCGGAGACCGGAUGCAUCAAACAUACCUAGACAGGAUGGGAAAGCACGUUUGUGACGUAAUCAAAAGACGUCUGCUGGAAGGCUUCAAAGAAGAAGGUCACGAUGACAAAAAACAUUCAAAACUGUUUGAUGAAGUUUCAGAGCAUGUUCUCUUUUAUCAACAGAGAUCACAGAAUUUUCAGGGCAGGAAAGAGACGUUACAUGUCAUGAAGUCAUACCUCCGUUCCACGUGCCAUUCCGUUCUUGUUGUGCACGGGCGCCCUGGCUGUGGAAAGUCGUCUGUUCUUGCUAAAGCAGCAAAAGAAACACAUCGAUGGCUUAGAGGCCAAGAUGUUGCGACUGUGGUACGGUCUGUCGGCUCAACGAAAGAAUCCACAAAUAUUCGGAACCUCUUGUACAAUAUCUGUCAACAACUGUCUCUGAUAUACAACGCCGAAUCCAGCCAGGUACCAACGGAUUAUGUUGGAUUGAUCAACGAUUUCUCACAACGAAUGAGUCUGGCCACCGAGCGUAAACCACUUGUGCUAUUUAUAGACGCUUUGGACAGGUUGGAAGAUGAUCACGAUGGCCGGAAGUUGUCAUGGUUACCGAAAACGUUGCCAGACAAUGUUCAUCUCAUCGUCUCAACUCUUCCUGAUGAAAAGUUCGAUUGUAUGCCAAGCCUCAAGACGUUGCUAGGCGACAAUGCUGACGUAUUUUUAGAACUUCCGGAACUCCUAGAGUCAGAUACAAUGAUUAUUCUCAACCAUUGGUGCAAUAUUCAUAACCAUACCCUUACGCAAGAACAGUUUGAUAUUAUAUUCAACGUCAUGAAAAAAUGCCCAACUCCAUUGUUCUUAAAACUUUUGUUCAAUGAAGCUUUGAAGUGGGCGUCUUACACUGAUGUCCAGGAGUCAAAGUUACCUGAUUCCGUGAAAAAGAUGGCGGCAAUCAAAUUUGGGCAGUUGGAGAUAAAAUACGGCGAAGCACUUGUUCGUAGAGCUAUAGGUUACAUAGCAGCAUCACGGAAUGGAGUGACGGACCACGAGAUGUUAGACCUUCUUUCAUUGGAUGACGCGGUUAUGGGUGAAAUUGCUCCACAUUACAACUUGGUUCGUAGACGUGUCCCAAGUUCAUUGUGGUAUCGCAUCCGAGAAGAGUUGGUCCUAUACAUAAAGGAAGUGAAAGCGGACAACGUGAAAACGUUGCAAUGGUCUCAUUCCCAUUUCCACGAGGCAGCCAAAGAAAGGUACCUGAUCCAGCGCGACAAGGCUCCGUCAUACCACAAAGUGAUGGCAGAUUAUUUCCUUGGAACAUGGGUUACCAAACCGAAACCCUACCCUGGAAAUGACAAGGGUGUUUUGCGAUACGUGUCCGAACAACCGCUCUACUGGGAACCGAAAGAUGCGAUCAACGACGGCUCUAUGCGUGUUUACAAUCUGCGAAAAAUUAAUGAACUCCCGCAUCAUUUACUCUUGUCGAAUUUAAUGCAACAAUACAAAACUGAAACAAUGUGCAAUUUUGAAUGGGUGCUAGCCAAACUGUGCGGAACCUCUCUCCGAAGUCUCGUGGAAGAGUACCACAUUGGCCUUGAAAUGGAACCGUCCGACCUUGACCUUAAAUUAAUGUCGGAUACUCUUCAGCUUUCAGCAACAGCAAUACAACGCGAUCCACGGCAGUUGGCCGGUCAGGUGGUCGGGCGGCUUCAAGGUAUUGUGAACAGGGAUAUUCCCUCUACUCCUGGAGAUCCACCGCGGUACCCGUUUAUACAUUCAAUGGUAACGCAAGCAAAGAAUACGUCGAUACCAGCACUAGUUCCAUCUAUAGGGUGUCUUACAGAGCCUGGAGGUAUACUGUAUGAUCUUUUAUCUGGUCACACGAAGCUUAUAACCGCUGUUACAACGACCACAGACGCACAACGAGCCUUAACUGCAUCAGAGGACAAUACGUUGAAAGUUUGGGAUUUAAAGAGUGGAAAAGUGACGUCAACUAUUGACAGCUUCGGGAAAAAUGUGUCAAAACUUCGGACUGCAUUAAACAACAAAUAUGUAAUUUCUGUAGAAGGUAGUGUCAUAAAAGUUUGGUCACUUGCAGACAAGGAAUGUUGUUUAGUUGUUGACCAGUACUUGGACCCACCUGUUCUAAGUGUAGCCGGAGAAGGAAAACUUCUUGUAGCGUUCUUUCAAGGUGUGAAUGCAUUGAAAACAUGGGAUCUAAGUGAUCAGUUCAGACAUGUAUGUGAAACAAAAAUUGAAGGCGAAAAUGUGUUUAGUGAUAAUUCUGUCGUACUCGCUCCAAAUUCGUACGGCGAUUACGUAUUGCUCGCAUUUAGAGGAGCAAAUUCGGCAAUGAUCCAGCAUGCGCGAACUGGUAAAGUUCUUCACAAGCUGAAAUGUCAUGACGAUUCCUCCUCGAUAGUUGCGUUGGCAAUCACGCGCGACUACAUGAUCCUGGCAUGUAGACAACACUACAUGAAACUUCACGAGAUCCAUCAGCUUGAAAUGUUUGAUGCUAAGAAAGGAAAGUAUUUGCGAAGCAUUCGCGGAUGUACCCAAGAUAUUAUUACAGAAAUGCAUAUAAACCUUGUAGGAUCUCAUGCCAUAGUCAUAUGUGCGUCUGAAACAAGUAAUUCAUCAAAUAUAGCUAUAUGGAAUCUUGAAACGGAAGAUCACAAGCAUCUCGCAAAGCAUUCUGGGGUUUCUACAGUAGGCGCAUGCGCCGACUUCAGGUACUGUUUAACAGCACAAAAGGGAGAUAACACCCUGAAGAUCUGGAACAUCAGUAAAUACAUCAAUCAGCCCAUGCCGAAAAUGAAAAGGUCGUUAGGUGUCGCUGAAAUCCAUCCGAUGAUAGAUAACCCACGGUACGCGAUUGCCAGGCAGGUCAAUCAUGGCCCAAUUAGCAUAUGGAAUGUUGCAAAAGCAAAAUGUUUGGCAAGUGCCGUUCGGAUAGAACGGGGUCUCUCUGAACAUUCUGAUGUCGUUCUGAUAAGAAACUGUAAUGUAGUCAUUUUGACUGAAAAGGGACUGAAAGAUUCAAAGCCCGUGUUCAAAACUGUGUUGAUUUACGAUCUACGUGCGAAACGUUACGUGAAGAAGAUCACACAAUGUUUCAUAGUUCCUUCCCCUGCCCAUGAAUACGUUCUUCUGGAUGAUGAAACUUUACUUGGCCCUGCGGAGACCAGAAAUCACUUCAUCAUAUGGAGUUUAGCUACAGGAAAGGAGUUGUUCCGUAUAAGACCCAAGUUCAAAGAGUCCGACUUCAGAGGAGGUGUUCGAGAAGCUGACCUUGAACAUUCGCUACAACUCAGAGCCAGCACCGCAAAACUCACGCCCUGGGACCGAAGAACUGAAAGCAACGCCGCGAGACAGAAACGUCGAGAGAAAGCGCGGGAAGAAGAGAGAAAACAUCUGGAAGAAAUUCUAAAAGAGAAGCAAAAUGGAUUUGAACAAUUCAUUAUCAGCGGGGACUUAAAUGUUAUUGUUGCGUCGUUCUUCGCACAUCACUUAUGCGUCUUUAACGUAGGUUCGAAAUUGCAUAUGCAGACAUUAGAGAGUGAAAGUUCCAUGUUGUUUCUUCACGUUGCGGCCUUGAACUUUGAUGGUAGUUGUCUUGUUCAUGCAAAUUAUGACGAAACAUCAAAAGUGAGUUAUGUCACAUUAUGGGAUACUGAAACAGGUCAAGUGAAGAAGCGUCUAAAAAACGAAAUUGAUGUUCUUGCUAUUGCGAUAACAGAUGAUGGUUCCCGGGUUGUUUUUGGAAAAGCAAACAAAGAAUUGCGCAUUUGGGAUCCAAAUAAAAAGACCCCAGAUGCUAUGAAGAGGAUAAAGGGCUACGAUAGUUUGGAAUUUGGUGUUGGAAGUCAAAUAUUUACCCUCAACAAUGGAAAACGUGCUGUCGUUUUUGCAGGCGAUAUUUCUGUUUGGGACUUGGAAAAUGCCACUCUCUUGGCUGCUUUCACACCAGAUACACGAAUCGAGGUAGUGAAUGUUGUAAUGAGCGGUCAGCUGAUUACAAUAGGUGUGCACGAAUUUUCCGAACUGGUUGUUCUGAAAAUAAGCGGGAAAGAUGUUAAAGCAAUUUUUGAUGUUGAACAUGAAGACUUGUUCGGAGAAACAACUGGUGACACAUCUGAUGAAGAAGAAGAUGAUGAAGAUGAUGAUAUUUAAUAAAGUUUAGAGCAACUAUACGUAGGUCGAUGAAAACGUAUAGAGUAAUAACAAAUUUAUUAAGUAUUGAAAAAAAUGAAUUUCGCUGUUGCAGAUCACCGGCAUAGCGCUAAACAGUUGUAAGCAGUCAGUUAUUUAAACAAGAAUAGAAAGAAUAUUAAAUAUGGCGGACAAACGGAUUACAUAAUUAUAUGAAAUAGCUGUAGGAUACGAUGUUAAUUCGAAUGAACAAGUUUUUAGUAUAGUUCCAGCCGCUGAAGUAAUGAUAACUUAAUGGCAAUGGUGGUGCAUACUACAAACGGAAAAGAAAAGGUGCCUUAAAGUUUUUUUUAAAGAUAUACCAUGUUCAUGUUUCACUAAAAUAUUUUAUCAUAAGAUAUCGAUUUGAAUAUAUUAAAAUCUUCAUCAGAUUUAUUUCUCUUAUGUUGUACAUGUGGAGCCGCAAACACAUCCAGUAACAGUAAUUUGUUAAAAACAAGUGUUGUAAGAUAUUCCUGAGUUUUGUGUAAUUUUAAACCCAAAACAUUGUACUGUAUAUUCACACUAACAUGUUUAUUCUAUGUCUACAUAAAUACUGCGAAAUAAUUGUUAAAAAUUUGGGCAUAAUAUGUCUUUAAAGAAACUUAAUUACAGUUAGCCAUUCAAUUCAACAUGCAUUUAUUAAUUUUACCUUGCUGGAUAAUAUUUGCAGCCAAUGGUAGCUCAUAAGAUAUGUAUUUUUAAACUAUUUCGCUGUUUUUUAUUCUGUAUAAUUUUCUGUCAAUUUUAGAAAUGAUACAUAUACUAAUAUUUGAACUUUUUAUAUUUUGAAGUUUCCUGUGAUACUUUCAUGUGAUAUUUUUGUCUGAAACUUGUUUCACGUGACCAUUGAAUAUGGAAAACAUUUAUUUAGAUAGAUACGUUUAAAAUAGAUGUUUUUAUACUGUUCAAAAUGACAUUUUGAAUGUUUUUUAAAGGUGCUUUAGUAUUUACCUUUUUUAAUACUAUACAUGCAUGUGAAUCAGUUUACAAAAUAUAUGAAUAGUAGUUUAAUAUUUACAUACCUUUUAUGUCUCAAAUAAAUGAGAUAUUUUUGUUGUUGCUGUUGUUGUUUAAGAGUGUAUGUAACUUGUAUGUACCUUUGUGAUAUUCUAAAGUCGAUUUAUAUGUUGUUGAGAUAUUGUUUUCGUUGUUUUUCCGAUAUUUUUUGUAUUUAUUGACGUUAUAUUUUUUUCAGCAUUUAUACUUGAUCUUUAUGGCGAUAAUAAUGAACACAUUGAUAUUGUCUACGCAUAUAAACGUUGAUAACUAAAUAAAGCCUUCGCGAAAGUUACCAAAUCUACAGUAUUACUAUAAUGGUUUUGCUUGUCGCUGGUAAAUUUUGGUAAUUUUAUAAUUCUAUGUAGUUUGAUUUUGAAAUAAUAUACUUUGAGAUUGUGGACUCUUAGUGACAAUCGGUCCGAAAAAUACCGAAAUAACAGACGAGAGUACGAAAUAGCACGGAAAUUGCCGAUCGUCAUUACGAUUGAAUAUUCAUUUACGUGGUUCUGUUGUGGAUAUACUGAAAAGAAAA